AUGAACAACGCCGGUGAGCCACCUGUGUCGGAGCAACCCGUCAAGCCCCGACGAUCGAAAUCCCGUGAGGUUGCCUCUCGGUUCCUUUCUUCGCCUUCUUCGACACCCACCCAUGAUUCCGGCCACCACUCUCCGAGCAAAGCUUUAUCCCCUCUCCGCCGUAAGUCGACCUCCCUGGAUACCAGAAAGCAGCACCGCAGCCUUGAUGACCCUUCCGGUGGGUUACUUGGAGGCCUGUGGCCUUCUUCCACCGCCCCUACUAACACUUCUUCUUCUUCAAACUCGAAAAAGCUUGAUACUUUGGCCGAUUAUCUUGGAAACGAGAGGCUAAAAGAUUUCAUCGAGCGGAAAAGCUACGAGAAAAGAACAGAUCCCCAACCCUUUUCACUCACCAAGCAAACGAGUCAUACUGAGUUCAGUAGGUUUAUUGAGAAUGACAAGGAAGUUAGUGCGAAAGAAAAUCAUAGGCCUUCCAUGGGUGGAUCCAUGAGGUAUACGAUGAAACCGGGUUUUUCGAGAAAAUCGUCAUCAUCGACGUCUUCCUCGACAUCGUCUUCUUCUUCUCCGAAUAUUGUGCCCGGGAGAUUUUCUGUUGACGAGAAUGCUCUUUAUAAAAAAUCGUCAUCGUCGUCUUCUUCUCAGUGGAAACCGGAUUUUUUGACCGAUAAUUGUGUUGUUGAUUCUGAAGGGGAGAUUAGUGAUCAAUGUUCGGCAUCGAAAAUUGGUUCUCCAGCUUUAACCAUAACUAAUUCUUCGUCGAGUUCGAGAAAAUAUGGGAUAGAGGUAUCUUCCAAGUAUUUGAAAGAGGAGGCAACGAGGAAUAGAUCGAGAGGAAUUACUUGGGAUUCAAGUAAUCUCCAUCCGGUUUCAGCUGAUAGUUCUCCCAAGAUGAAUAAAAGGUUCGCCAUUAAAAAUGUCAUACGGAGGACUAAUUCACAAGGUGCUUCAACGUCGCAGUGGGCGUUGUCGCCAGGGCGGUGGGAGUCACCUACAGUGUCGGUUGAAAACAAGGCCAAACCGAUGUCGUUUUCGAACUUGAAACCGCCUACUAGUCCUUCCAGGACCAAAGGUGUGGAGAAAUUCUUGAAUCUGGGAUUAAUGGGUCUGUUCAAGAGUAAGAAGUCAUCAGCUCUGCAACCGGGUUCAGGUGAUGUCGAAAGUGUCCAUCAUCUACGAUUGAUCCAUAACGGCUUGAUUCAAUGGCGGUAUGCAAACGCUAAAGCCGAUGCCGCGAGUACUAGCAUAAACAAUCAAGUUCAGAACUCUCUGUUAUAUGGGUGGAAUAGUGUUAUGAAACUGCAACAUUCAGUGCUACAGAAGAAAUUAAAGCUUCAAAAGGAAAAGCUUGAGAUCAAGCUGGACUUUAUACUUCAAUCUCAAAUGAAGGCAUUGGAAUCCUGGGCAGAUAUGGAAAGGCAACACUCAUCAGCCAUUUCCAUGACUAAAGAAUCUCUGCACGCUGUUGUUUGCAAAGUGCCUCUUGUGGAAGGAGCACAGGUCGACACACAAUCAGCUUCGAUGGCACUUCGACUUGCGUCCGAUCUCGCUGCAUCCAUCAAGUCGAUGCUGAUUGCUUCCUCACCAGGGAUAGAGAAGACCGUGUCGUUAGUUUCGGAAUUAGCAGAGGUGGUUACACAGGAAAAGCUAUUGCUACAGGAGUGCAUCGAACUUUUCAGGAUGAUAUCUAUCCUAGAGAUUCAGGAGAGGAGCUUAAUGUGCUAUAUUAUUGGACUCAAUUCACAGCAAAGGCAGAUACAAGAAGUAGCAUGAGAAAUAUUUCCUUGACUUUUCAUUCACAGACUUCUACAAAUAGGGAGAAAAUGAACAAAUUUAUAUGG